GAAGCCCCUAAAUGAAUGUCAGUACCUUAUGUAUUGACAGCAGGGCAUUAUAGAAGUUAGUGUUUUUCAUGUCACUAUUCAGUGGUUCAAAUAUGAUUGGUGUAAAAGUAGUCAAUACAUUUCCCAGAAUUUUAAACUUGGCUCUUUGGUGACUGUAACUGGUAGCAACACUAAUGUGUUUUCUCUUUUCCUAAUCUUUAGGUGUAGUUUCAUCACUUAUCAUCACUUUAAUGAGAAAUAGUGCGGACAGUAGUAAAGUGGUGUUACAGUGUAAGUCUGCAGGCUGGUAUCCAGAGCCUGAGCUGCUGUGGUUGGACGGUGAGGAAAACCUCCUCUCUGCUGGCCCUGCAGAGACCCUCAGAGGUCCUGAUGACCUCUAUACUGUCAGCAGCAGAGUGACUGUGGAGAAGAGACACAGCAACAACAUCACCUGCAGAGUCCAACAGAGGAACACCAACAAGAGCAGAGAGACACACAUACAUGUUCCAGGUGAUUUAUUUAAUCCUCCAUGUAGUUCUGCUGGUCACAUCAUCAUAAGUGUUGUUGUGACAGUCCUGCUUAUUCUGGCAGUUGUCUCUGUUGUCUGGAAAUAUUGUUCAAAACAUCAAGGAAGAAACACAAAAAUUUCCACUGAUCACAGAGAGUGUCAGCCCCUCACUGAGAAAAAAAGAGAAGCACUGCAUCUCACAGAAGAUAGUAGUGACACUGUCGACUUUGAUAUGACACAAGAAAACCUCAAUGAUGUGUUUAAAGAAGGAGAGGAAGACAAAUUUCAUUCGAUAAUGGUGGUUCAAUUUUUAAUGAGUCAUAAAUGCGACUUAGAAAAUGAUAUUUAUGAACUGAAACUGAAACUGCUCGAGCUACAAAAACAGCAUGAUGAAAAUCAGAGUCAGCUGGUAAACAAUAUUAAACAAAUACAACAAAAUGAAAAAACAUCUGACAAAAUAAAUGAAGAAGAGGGCAUUGAAACAGAAAAUAAUUUUGAAAAAAUGAAGGAAAACCUUGAAAAAGAAAUAGAGGAAAAGGAAACAGAAAGAAAAUCAGUGUUGUAUGGGGUUGAUGUAAUGACAGAGAAGAAGAAAGAGUUAGAUGACACUUUAUACAAAAUUCAUACACAGAAGGAGAAAAUAGAGAAGAGGAGAAAUGAAGUUCAAAUACAGUUCCAAUCAGGCAAUUCAGAGGCAUAAAAGUGAACAGUAAAUAACACUCACAUUAUUCAUUUAAGCAUUCAUGUAUCACAGUUAAAAAAAGUAAGACAUUUACAAUCUCUAACACAGCACUACAAGAUAUAUUACAUGGAUGAAACCAAAUCCAAAACAGCAGCUAUAGUAAAGACAGUAUGAAUUGUACUUAUUUCACAGAAGAGAGCCUGUCAUCACCAGUUUUAACACAACAGCAGAAAUUGGUUGAGAGACCCUAGUGACACAAUUUUAAAUGAACUUUAGUUACCUCUAGUGGCCAUAUAAUUUAUGACAACUGCAUAUAAGGAGAAAUGUGUUUCAGAGCCAAAAGACAGUUGCGCUCUUUCAGUCACAAAGAACAUUACAGUGUUAUUGUUCCAUUUUAAUAAAAUUCUAAUAAUAAUAUAAACCUAAUAUUAGAUCAUUUUACACAAUUGGUGCUAUGUACCAGUCCAUACAUAUACUUUUACUUUUUUUACUUUUUUUUUCUUGUUAUUGUCUUUGUUCUUUUUUAAUGUGCAAGUUAUUUACAUUUUAUAUAAUAUGAGAUAAUAAUCAGAUUUCUGACUGUAACUUGUCUUUCUAAAUUCCCUACAAGUGUGUAUUUCUUUUUUGUUUGGUG